CUUCCGGGCUGGGGUGUUUGUUUGGACUGGAGAAGGGAGGCGGCGGGCGAAGCGCGCGUCGAGCGGGGUAGCGGCGCUGCCUGUGGAGAUCCGCGGAGGCCGACCGGAUUCGUUGGCUGCCGUCCCCGCUGCCGUGCACUGGGUUAAAAACUAUAUCUAACACCAACCAUGAAAGAUCCAAGUCGCAGCAGUACUAGCCCAAGCAUCAUCAAUGAAGAUGUGAUUAUUAACGGUCAUUCUCAUGAAGAUGACAAUCCAUUUGCAGAGUACAUGUGGAUGGAAAAUGAAGAGGAAUUCAACAGACAAAUAGAAGAGGAGUUAUGGGAAGAAGAAUUUAUUGAACGCUGUUUCCAAGAAAUGCUGGAAGAAGAAGAGGAACAUGAGUGGUUUAUUCCAGCUCGAGAUCUCCCACAAACUAUGGACCAAAUCCAAGACCAAUUUAAUGACCUUGUUAUCAGUGAUGGCUCUUCCCUGGAAGAUCUUGUGGUAAAGAGUUAUUUUUUCAUCUUUUUAAAACCUAGCUCAUCUUUCCCAUAA